AUGAAAUUACCUUCUAAAAAUAAAUUACCGGAUUAUUACGACAUGAUAAAAAAACCUUUGGAUAUAAAGAAAAUAUUUAACAGGAUAGAAGAUGGAAAAGUAAGCUGGGGGGAGGAAUUGGGGAGAAAUGGAAAAAAAGGUAUUCGGAUUUUGACGAUUUGGAAAAGGAUUUUACUCAAAUGUGUAUACAACGAAGAAGCUUCUCUCAUACACGAAGAUUCAACCGUCCCUCAAUCCACGGUGGACGACGAGGAUGGAAAUUCCGAAUCGGAAUCCGUUAGAAUGAAAAUAAAAAUAAAAGUUGGAAAAGGUGGAAGAGGAGGAGAAGGAAGAGGAAGCACGAGAAGGAAAAAAACUCAACCAAAGUACACGAAUAGCGAUGACGAAGACGAAGAUGAUUGA